AUGAUCUUUAAACGUUUAUAUGUAGGAUCAGGCUCAUAUACGAUUGAAAAUCGAGGCCAAAUUUCAAGAUUACUUAAACAGGAAUAUGCAAAACCUACACUGGCGCAAUAUGAAAGUCAGGAAUCACUUGCUUCAUCGGCAUUAUCAUUUGCGUUAUGUCAUAACGUAACACCAAUAGUUGAACAAUCAAUAUCAGCAUUGGUUGAUACAUUGACAAAAUACGGCGAUGAAUCUCAUUCAACAUCAGAUAAACCAAGAACAAGUGUUACAUCAUUGAAUACAACAGUUGGAUCAGAUGUCUUAGAAUUAUUAUCAGCAAGAAAACAAUAUGAAAUAUUACCUUAUCAAGAUUUACAAUUAGAAUUAACUGCUGCUUUAAAUUUAUUUAAUUGUAUUGAUGAAAAUCGAGUUAUUGCAUUAGAUGCAAGCUAUGGAGAUAAAUUAUUAUUUAUUGAAUAUGAUGUUGGUCAAUUUAUUCAAUCUGACAAUUCACAAGCAUAUGAAAUAUUUAAUCAAAUUAAUUAUAUUUCUAAUUGGACUCAACCAAUUACAUUUACAGCAUUUCAACGACGUAGAGUUCCAAGUAAAUUACUUUUUUUUACAGAUGAAAAUCAUUGGGUACUUAAUCCAUGCAAUUCAUUAGUUUGGUAUCAAGAAGUUCUAGAUUGA